CACACACACACACAUCGCGUUGUUGAGUGAAACACACAACGCGAGUUUCUAGCGGCGCUCGUCCACUUCCUGCGCCUGUAGCCGCCGGGCUCGUUAGCUGCUAGCGCUUAGCAUCCCGGCGGCUGUAAUGGUCGCAGGAUGCUGACGUGUGGACUCACUGCUGUUUGCUCGCAGGUCGAAGUGCUGCUCCCCUCGGGAUGGACCUGACGACGUGUUUGAAGUCCCUGCUGCUGGCCAUCCAGCAGUACAGAGGCAGCAGGACGACACACAACACAGCGCAGCUACACAAACAAGUGGAGGAGGUUUCAGGACUGAGAUGUGACCAGCUGCUGUCCUCAGGCCAGGUUUUACCCAGUGAAUGUGUGAGUGGACUGGUGGAGCUGGCUGGAAACCCAAACACCAACCCCUCCCUGACCAGCUCCAUCAUCUCUCUGCUGGCACAGCUAGCCUGUGAUGAUGACAGUCGGGAGAUGCUUCACAGCAGCUAUAACCUCACCAGCACCUUAGCCUCGGUCAUCCACUGCCACAGCGUCACACCAGCAGACCCACUGGUACUGCAGUGUCUGCAGGUGCUGCAGAAACUGACGUACAGCACUCGCACCUUCCAGUCGACAAACUACAUCCAUGAGCUCAUCGCCUUUCUCAUGACCAACAUCCAGUCUCACAAUGACGACAUCAUCAUGCCGUGCCUCGGCCUCAUGGCCAACCUGUGUCGUGACAACCACUCGGUGCAGAGCCACAUCAAGUCUCUGGACAAUGUGAAGCCGUUUUACCGCACACUGAUCAACUUCCUGGCUCACAACAGCCUGACGGUGGUGGUCUUCACGUUGUCCAUACUGUCCAGCCUCACCCUGAACGAGAAGGUUGGCGAGAAGCUCUUUGACGCAAAGAACAUACAUCAGACCUUCCAGCUUGUGUUCAACAUCAUUGUGAACGGCGACGGUACUCUGACAAGAAAAUACUCAGUGGAUCUCCUGGUGGACUUGUUGAAAAACUGCAAAAUAGCAGAAUUCCUCACAAGGUAUCAGCACUUCUCAGCAUGUUUGUCUCAGGUUUUAGGACUGUUGCAGUCAAAAGACCCAGAUUCUGCAGCCAAGGUGUUGGAGCUGCUCCUGGCCAUGUGCAGUGUCUCAGGUCUGCGCUCGCUCCUGUGUGACGUGGUUUUCAAACCGGCUGCAGCCAAACUCAGAGCCCCGGGCCGAAGGCAGGGCCCCGGUCUGGAUAAUGGGGGACGCAAGGAACAGUCUGGCCUCGCCCUGGUGCAGUGGCUGAGCUCGCCUGUGGAGGGCGCUGAAUCUUGCUCGCUGCAGGCCCUGCACCUGUUGCAUGAGCUACUGAAGGAGUCGUUGGGAGCAGAUACUAUACCUGAUCGUGUUGUGAGCUUCAUAGAAAUGCUGCUUCCAGUUCUGCUGGGGCUCCUGAGGGGCCUCGAUCCUGCAAAGGGAGACGCUCACCUGAGAAAACACUGCCACCGCAUCACACACGUCAACAGUUUGCUGCUUCUCCUGUGCACUGACGACUCCACCCGAUCCAUCGUGUCUCGUCAGGUGAGCGCUCAACUCUGCCUCUCGCAGGCGGAGUCCCUCCUCUCCUGUUGUCAUGGCAACAACCCUCUUACCUGUCUCCCUCCCGGCUCUGACAAUGAUCUCAGUCAGGUGUGUGCAGAAGCUCUGCUGAAGACUCUGGAGUUAAUGAGCAAACUGAGGCAGCAGGUGAAGGACAUGGAGACCAGCUUCUACAGGAUGUUACAGAGGAUAGCGACUCCCCUCUCUCUGGCUCUGACGUCCCACCACAGGCAGCGUGUGCAGACUGGACUCUCGCUGCUGUUUGAAGCCACCCCCCUCCCAGACUUCCCUUCGUUGGUGGUCAGCACGAGUGUACCUCGAGACUCUUCAGUGGAAAGAUUGGCAGGGCGUCCUGAUCUGGUGGAGAAGAUGCAGAAUGGCCUGGGGCUGCAGGAGCCGGUUAAAGACUCUCAUGUGUCUGAGAUCAUCGAUGUUUAUGCACAGAAGAUCUCAGCAUUUGCGUCUCAGGAGAGUCGCCUGCAGGACCUUUUGGAGGCAAAGGCUCUCGCUCUUUCUCAGGCCGACCGUCUUCUCGCUCAGUUUCGCUUCCAACGAGCUCAAGCUGAGGCUGAGGCUCUUAAACUUGGCUCCUUGCUGAAGGAAGCCGAGCGGCGGCGCGAGGAUCUGCAGAGCGAGCUCAGCAACCAGGUGCUGGAGGUGAAGCGCUCCAAGGCCGACAUGGAGGAGCUGCUGCAGCACAACGCCAGACUGCAGCAGGACACUGAGGAGCACCAGGGUCUGAAAGGAGGAUACAACGCCCUGCUCAACAGGUUCAAUGAGAGCGAGCGGCUGCUGAGGGAGCAGCAGGUUGCUCACGUCGCUCUCACCAAACAGAGCGAUGCUCUGAGGAAGAACCACGAAGCUCUGCAGCUGCAACACGAAAAGAUGGCGUCAGAGUUGGAGGAGAGAGGGGAGGAGGUCAGAUCUCUCCGUUCAGAUCUACAGCAGAAAAACAGUGACAUCACAGGUCUACGUGGUGAACUUCGGGCCGAGGAGGAGAAGGUGAAGGAGAAGGAUCAGGAGAGGAGGGACCUGGAGGACACGGUGGAUGUUUUGAGGAAAGAACUUAACAAGACGGAGCAGGCGAGGAAGGACGCCAGCAUCAAGGCGUCUUCUCUGGAGCUGCAGAAGAGCCAGCUGGAGACGAAGCUGAAGCAGAAAGAGGACGAGCUGAACAAACACUCAGCCAUGAUCUCCAUGAUCCACAGCCUCAGCAGCGGCAAGAUGAAGAGCGACGUCAACCUGUCGCUUUGAGGAGCAGAUGAGUGACGGAGGGAAAAACAGACUCAAAGGAACUUUAUUAACUAUGAUCUUUUUAUUUUUAUUUUUUUUAAAUAUAACUAUACUUAAUAAAACACAAUGAACUACAGUGAGUCCAGAAGUCUGAGACCAGUUCACACUUUCAUGGUCUCAGACUUUUGGUCUCCUUUUAAAUUAAUCUAAUAUUUUUAAAUUGAAAUCUUUGUAAGUUUGUGUCUGUGUUUUAUUGUUUGAUAAAUAAAUGAUGGAAUUUGUGUUUGUACUGGAUUUAAGGCCAAAUUAAAUGUGUGUGUGUAUUUUAGAUUCAGUAUAAAACAGCGAAGUCACUCUGCUGCUUCUUGUAAAUAUGUUUAUGAGCUGAUUUUCAUCAAGUAAAACUCAUUUGAUCAGAUUCGGUCCAGAUCUGAAUAAAUGGCUUGAUUCAGUUUGAAUUCUUUCACUUUCUCUCACAAGUCGAGACUGAGCUUCAGUAUGUGAAUGAAGUUUUUACAUUGUAACUCUGAGCUGUGAGUGACAGACGUCCUGCUGGAGUUUGGAAAUUUGUCGGGACUGAAGGUUUGUAACCAGUUGAUUCCUUUAUAAGGAUGGUUAUGGUUAAACUGUAAAAUGCCAAACCCCAAUUAAAUGUCUGUCACAGGAGUUUGAUAAAGACAUAAAUGUCAGUUGA